AUGCAUUUGAAGGACGCGGAUUCUGGUGCUGGCAACGGAGAGCAAGUCUCUGCUAAAGAUCUUCCAGAAGAUUUAGUAAUGGAGCUAUCGGAGUUUCGGAAUUCGAAAAAGAAGAUCGGAGUGCCUGCAGAUGAAGACUUCGUGCAGAAUGCUGAGGACGGAGAGCGAGUGCGAAUUGAUAGGUCAACCUGCGUCCUCAUCGUAGAGGCAAUCAUUCGCCCGAAGACGAACGCUGCUGGAACGCGUUCACCGGAAUCCUCAAUAGUUGUAGAUGGAUUCGCUGACGCUCCUGCUCCUGGCGCAAGUAGUAGCUCUAGUUCAUCUUCUUCUUCGGGAGCGCAGCGCCAGCAGCUUCUGCUUCACGGUGGCGAUGGCUCGACGCGAGUUGUCAACUCUACUACUGCUAGCACUGGUUCACAAAAGGAGCUGCAGCAUGCUGGGGUCCGUAGCUUGCACACUGAGGAGCAUGGAAUGGGUCGCAGGCACAAAGUUCGCGCGGGUGGACGAGUAAGCGCAACAUGCAUCGAGGCAGAGAGAGCUUCUUGUAGUGAAGUUCGACCUAGGCAGACCUCCGCUUUGAAUUCAAAGCAUGCAGCUUCGGCAAGCAGUAGCAGCCGUACUAGAGCAGCAAUCUUCAGUGCCAGCAAAACCGGUUUCGCCAGCUCCAGCGCGUCGGAGAGCACGUUCCUGCUAGGAGAAGAUGGCACUUCUGCGGAAGAUAUCUCGCGGAAUCUGCGGCCACCGCACCAUGAUGGGUCCGUGUAUUUUGUAGUGUUGUACCGGAACACCUAUCCUUCUCCG